AUGCCAAAUAUCCCUCUAACCUUCGCAUGCGGUCCAUACGACCGCAUGGACGCUCUCGCCCAAGGAAAAGUCUCCAUCCCUGGCAUCGACCUGACCUACAUCACAGUAGACCACCCGCGGAACAUCUUCGAUCGGAUGGUCGGCGGCCUCGAAUUCGAUACUUCCGAAAUGUCAGUCUCGGAAUACAUCUGCCGCUACACCGCCGGCAAGCGCGACCUCGUAGCAAUCCCCAUCUUCCCAUCCAGGGCGUUCCGUCAUAAUUGCAUUGCCGUGAACACCGACUUGAUCAAAACCCCCACAGAUCUCAAUGGGAAACGUGUUGGCGUACAGCUGUAUACCAUGACAGCGGCGGUGUGGAUUAGAGGCAUCCUCGAAGACGCCGGCGUUGACCUGUCCACUAUCACCUGGGUUGAAGGCGAUAUCAGAAAACCUGGUGCACACGGAAAGCCAGCAAAGACUUCCCUAUUAAAACCCGUCAACCUCAUCCCCAACACCAACCCGACAAAAUCACUCAGCGAACUUCUCGAAGACAGCGAAAUAGUGGCCACAAUCGGCGCUGACCAGCCCCCGUGUCUCAACAAAGCGUCAAAUGUACGCCUGCUCUUCGCGCCGAAUAUCCGCGAAAAAGAGAAGGAGUAUUACAACCGAACGGGGAUUUUCCCCAUCAUGCAUUGUGUAGUAAUCAAGCGUGAGAUUGUAGAGAAAUACCCAUUUGUAACGACCAGUUUGUUUAAUGCGAUGAAUGAGUCGAAGGAUAUUGCGUUGUCAAGGCUCAGGUUUACGGCUACUUAUCGUUAUAUGCUGCCCUUUUUGACGUCGGAUUUGCUGGAGAUUGAUGAGUUAUUUGCGGGGGAUCCGUGGCCAUAUGGGGUCGAGGAGAAUAGAAGGACUUUAGAGGCAAUGGUGGGGUUUUUGUAUGAACAGGGUAUGAUUGAUAGGAAGGUUCCGUUGGAUGAGUUGUUUGUGCCUGUUUAUGGGAAGAAUUUGAAAAUAGGCCAGGUUUAG